AUGAGAACUGAUUUCAAUCGUCACGGACCACCUAGGUUCAAAGGCGAGGUGGAACUGGAGAAGGCUGAUCUGUGGAUCCAGGAGAUGGAUAAAAUAUUUGAGACGCUCCACACUCCUGAUGCUGAAAGAGUGAAGCUGGCCGCCUUUAUGCUGAAGGGCGACGCCGAGUAUUGGUGGAGAAGCGCAAGACAGCUGAUGACUGCAAAUCAUGAGGCCAUUACUUGGGAGUCUUUCAAAAGGGCUUUCAUGGACAAGUACUUUCCCGAGAUGGAGGACCCGUUCGCUCAAGACAGAGCCAAUCAGGAAGUUAUGGUGGACAGAAAGCUGCUGGAAGAUUUGACAAGGGGGCACUAUGCGAAUGAAUGUGGAAAGGAGAUCGUGUACUGGAAGUGUCUGAAACCAGGGCACGUCGAGAGGAACUGCCCUAAUGCUGCAAAACCCAAGCCAGUGUUGAACACCGCUAGGGGAAGGCGACCUUCUGCUCCAGGUCUUGUGUUUGCAAUCUCUGGCGAACAUGCUGCUAUAACUGAUGAUCUUAUCCAGGGUAUGUGCAUUAUCGCUGAAACUUCAUUAAUGGUGUUAUUUGAUUCUGGUGCUACGCACUCAUUCAUUGCUAAGGAGUGUGUGAAGAAAUUAGGAUUGCUAACUGCUGACUUACCGUUCGAUUUGGUGGUGACGACCCCUGCCGCCGAUCGAUUAGUUACGCGCACGGCAUGCUUGCAGUGUCCGUUAAUCUAUGAGAAUCGAACGUUCCUUGCGAAUCUCGUCUGCUUAGGAAUUAAGGAGCUCUAUGUGAUUCUGGGAAUGGAUUGGUUAACACAGUAUCACGUUCUCUUGGACUGUGCUAACAAGGCCGUUGUCUUUCCAGAUUCAGGCGUUACGGAUUACUUGAAUUCGUACUCCUUGGGAAGGAGUUCACCAGCAUUUGUGAAUUCUCUUGUAGCGGAAGCGAAGAACGACGGCGAUGUACGCAACAUUUUGGUGGUACAAGACUUUGUGGUUGUGUUUCCAGGAGAUGUGCCCGGAUUACCACCGGUAAGAGAAAUAGAGUUCUCUAUUGAUAUUAUGCCCGACACGGGAUCAAUAUCAAUGGCGCCUUAUCGGAUGGCACCAGCGGAGUUGACGAAUUUAGGAAAGCAGUUGGAUGAUCUGUCUUCCAAGGGAUUUAUCAGACCGACUGUGUCGCCGUGGGGAGCACCUGUGCUGUUGGUGAAGAAGAAGGAUGGGAAGUCCAGACUGUGCGUGGACUACUGA